GCUGGUCCGUACAAAAAAGUGGAAUGUUCCGCCAAACAUCAGACUGAUAUGCUCACUGAUACCAGUUAGCGUAAACGCUGUGCCAAUUGAUAUACAGUCCAGUCAUUACGUGCUACGCCCACAUAACUGACUGUAACUGUACUGGCCAAGUGUGAAACAUGCUUUAACGUCAUAUCAAAACGGUUUGUGUCUUUUGAUAACGGUUUAGUUGACUUUGACGUCUAGCGCCAAAUAGAUUAGACUCAAACUUAAAUUCGAUUAAAGUUAUUUUUUUAUGUGUUUAUUGUAAAAACAAGGAAAUAGGUUUAGUUAGUAAGAUUAGUGUUUAAAACUAAAGUCUUACCACGAUGGUUUUCGUUAUAGUAACUUCUUUAAUUUUAGUCCUGAUAAGCGCUUUAUUGGUAACCUUACACUUUGGGUUAGAUAAGAAAAAGGUGUAUAAAAAUUUAAGAUUUAAGCAUGUUGUAAUUACUGGGGGUUCCAGUGGAAUUGGGAAAGCAGUAGCUGAGGAGGCAGCUAAAUUAGGAGCUCACGUAACAAUUAUCGGGCGUGAUCUCACCAAGCUUGAAAGUGCCGUUAAUGAUAUUUCAAAAUGUAAGUCCAAUAAUGAACAAAAAAUUCAGUAUGCUGCCUUGGAUAUUACAUCAGAUUAUUCGUCUAUAGAAAAAUGUUUAUUAUCUCUGGAAGUUGAUAUCAGUCCAAUAUUUAUGCUCAUCAACUGUGCUGGUAUGUGCAUUUGUGGGCAAUUUGAAACUAUGAAAAUCGAAGAUAUAAAACAAAUGAUUGAUUUGAAUUAUUUCGGUACUGCAUAUCCCACCAGAUAUGUGUUGAAAGGCAUGAAAAAAAGAAAUGAAGGAGUUGUUGUUUUUGUAUCAUCAGAGGCAGCAUUGUUGGGUAUAUAUGGUUACAGUGCUUAUAGUGCUGCAAAAUGGGCUGUCCGAGGUCUAGCCGAAUCAGUUUUAAUGGAGUUAGUUGGCACUGACGUUAGGUUGAUGCUGGCAUUUCCACCAGAUACUGAUACCCCUGGUUUUAAAGCAGAAGAACUUACUAAGCCAAAAGAAACCAAGUUAAUCUCAGGGUCUGGGGGAUUGCAGUCGCCUCAAUCAGUUGGAAAGAAAAUGCUAGAAGAUGCUUUGAAUGGAAAGACAUACUCUGUGUUUGGUAUCAGUGGACAGUUACUGGCAACUCUAUAUUGUAGUUCUAUAGACAGUUUUGGACAGGUCUUAAUGCAAAUUUUAACAACAGGUUUCUUAAGGGCUGUUACUGUGCCAAUAAUUCUUUCUUUCCAUAAAAUAGUCAGGGAUGGCCUCAUAGAGCGAAUUAAAACGGAAAAGAAGGCUGUGCAAUAAUUGUUUUCAGUGUAUAAUAAAUUUGUGUUCCUUUAAUCUUAA